AUGGCUACGUCGAUCGAGACCUGCGUCGAGGAGGCCACCACGCGGAUCAUGGAUCAAUGCAAAGAGAAAAACUCCUGGCCCAUGUGGACGGUCAACGACAAGAUCUCCAAGCUGGUGCCUAACCCGCGUGCUGUACCAACGUCGUGGAAGUGGGAUGAAAUGAAAAAGCUCAUGCUUGAAUCGGCCAAAUAUGUGCCUGAAGAAAUGGCCGAACGUAGGGCGCUGAUGAUGGUCAACCCGGGCUUCGGUGAAGUUACAGGUCCCUCUCCAUAUACAACCGAUACUAUCUACGCUGGAUUUCAAAUGGUGUUGCCAGGCGAAACAGCGCCGGCGCACCGACACAUUGCGUUUGCCGUACGCUUUAUCCAGGAGAGUGGCAAUGGCUUUACCUCUGUGGCUGGCCAGAAGAUCUACCUGCAGCAGGGAGAUUUGGUACUAACGCCGUCCUGGGAAUGGCAUUAUCACGGCAACGACGGCAAGGAGCCCACUGUCUGGGUUGACUGUCUUGACAUUCCUUUGCACGUUUACGCCAGAACCAAUUUUCUUGAGCCAUAUCCAACCGCCAAAGUUCCUGAUCUUGUAACCAAUGACAGUCCAUUCCACUUCGCCUGGUCCAAGACGCAGCAGGCUCUGGAUUCUCAAGACACACCUCGAGCAGUUUACCAUUAUCUCAGCAACGGAAGCCCUUUCUCAAAAACCAUAGGUGCACAGGCAGAGCGUAUCCUCAAGGGCCAUAGCGUUAGCGUCGCUCGUGAGACUGUCUCGUUCAUCUACGUGGUUCGAAGGGGCCAAGGGAAGACGACGAUCCGUGCGCCCACAGGCGAGGCGACGAUAGAAUGGAAAGAAAAGGAUGUUUUUGUCGUACCCGCAUGGUCCUGGGUGACACACGAGGCGAGUGAAUCUGAUGAUGUCUAUCUGUUUGCCCUGACAGACCGGUCGCUGGUCGACAAUCUUGGGUUGGGAAGAAUUGAUUACUCCAAGCCUUGA